AUGGAAGAAGAGAGGGGCAUUUUUGGCGAAAGCGAGGUUCUCAGGGAUGAGGAGACUUCUAGAAUUAUAUGACAGAAAAAAGUCUACUCAUACUUCUCAAGAAAAGAGGUUUUUUCCUACUUAGAAAGUGCCUACUUUCUUGAGGAUGAGUACACUUUUUCGCUUCAUAGAUUAGUGGAGAAGAUCAAUAUGCCAGUAUAACAUCAACAUUUUCACCAUCCAGUGGAGCAACAACAGGCGUCGAAAUAAACGGAAUUAGGCUGGACUUCAACGACGAGCUCUUU